UUUUCUUCUUCAUGAAUAAUAAUAAUAAUAAAAAUCAUCCAACACCCAAGCCUGCAACAAGAAAGUUCCACAGUUUUUCACUCUCCCUCUUUUUUCUUUUUUUUAUUUUGUAAUCUCCACCUCUUCUUCUUCUUCUUCUAAUAGUAUUGUUUGUUUCAGAAGGCUAUCAAAGUGAUCUUUGGGAUAUUAAUAUACAGCACAUCCUUUUACACUGAGCUUAGUGAAUUGAGAACGGUUUGAAGAGCCUUAAGGAAUUUUGCUUUCGAAGUCUUGUAAUGCUCAUUGCACUUGUCUGAAAAGAAAACAUAUGAUGACCACUGCUGCAGUUAUUGGACUUAGUGCAGGAAAGAGGCUAUUGAGUUCCUCAUUUUAUUAUUCUGACCUUACAGAUAAGCUUUUCAAUGUCAAUGAUCAUGGAUUAACACACUACCAAAUUGCUUCAACAAAGAAUGUCAUAGGUGCAAAAAAGUCAUCAAAUUAUGGCCCCACUUACCCAUCCUCCAAUAGAAAUACACAGUCUAUUAAGGCUCUUAAAGAGCAUGUGGAUACAGCCUCUUCUUCUUCAACUACAGAAACAAGGUUCAAGACAUUCCAUGACAUAGAAGAGGACAUUUCUGAUCUUGAUUAUUCUGUAGAGGCACUUCUUUUGUUGCAGAAGUCUAUGCUUGAGAAACAGUGGAAUCUCUCAUUUGAGAGGACAGCCUCAAGUGACUCAACCAAUAGGAAAAGUGAAAAGAAGAUACCUGUUACUUGCUCUGGGUUGUCAGCUCGACAACGGAGAAUAAAUACUAGGAGGAAGAAUCUGGGCCAGAAUAAAGCCACAGUGCAAGCUAGUACAUUUAAGCAGCUACAAUCAGCCGUGAGUCCUGAGCUGCUGCAGAAUCGUUUGAAGGGUUAUGUUAAGGGUGUUGUAAGUGAAGAGCUGCUCACACAUGCAGAAGUAGUGCGCCUUUCGAGGAUAAUAAAAGCUGGUCUUUCCUUGGAGGAUCAUAAAUCCAGGCUGAAGGAGAGAUUAGGAUGUGAGCCCUCUGAUGAACAACUAGCAACUUCCUUGAGGAUUUCUCGUGCAGAGUUACAGUCCAAAUUGAUUGCUUGUUCUUUGGCAAGAGAGAAACUAGCAAUGAGCAAUGUUCGUCUAGUUAUGUCAAUUGCUCAAAGAUAUGAUCACAUGGGUGCUGAAAUGGCUGACCUUGUUCAGGGAGGUUUGAUUGGACUAUUGCGUGGUAUUGAGAAAUUUGAUUCUUCAAAAGGAUUCAAAAUUUCAACUUAUGUUUAUUGGUGGAUCCGUCAGGGAGUGUCAAGAGCAUUAGUUGACAAUUCGAGAACCUUGAGACUGCCUAAUCAUUUACACGAAAGGUUAGGCUUAAUACGAAAUGCAAAAAUCAGACUGGAAGAGAAAGGAGUAACUCCUUCAAUUGAUAUUGGAGUUCAACUGGUCUCAACUUACGGGUCGUUAAUGUCUUAUUUUUGCUGUUAUUUUCAGAGGAUUGCAGAGUCCCUGAAAAUGUCCCAGAAAAAAGUUAGGAAUGCAACAGAGGCAAUUAGCAAGGUCUUUUCACUUGAUAGGGAAGCAUUCCCCUCUUUGAAUGGUCUACCUGGAGAAACUCACCAUAGUUACAUUGCAGAUAAUUGCCUUGACAACAACCCAUGGCAUGUAGUAGAUGAAUGGGCACUUAAGGAUGAAGUAAACAGGCUUAUCGACUUGACCCUUCGAGAACGAGAAAGGGAGAUUAUAAGACUUUACUAUGGUUUGGAUAAUGAAUCCCUUACAUGGGAGGACAUUAGUAAGCGGAUAGGUUUGUCCAGAGAAAGAGUUCGGCAAGUCGGGCUUGUUGCACUAGAGAAAUUAAAACAUGCUGCAAGGAAGAAGAAGCUGGAGGCCAUGCUAGUGAAACAUUGAAAAUUGGUGCAUGUUUCAUUGGAACUCCAGAAAUAUGACUGUAUAUAUACAGAAAGAAAAGCUGUUAUCCUUGAUUGGCUUUUUUCAGAACAGAAGCAACUAUAGGAAAUCAUGAUUGUUAAGAUUUUAGCAUGCUGAUUUAAGAGCUAGCUGGAGCAAAAAAUUUUCAUGUAUUUAUCAUAUAAUUUGAGGGAUGAGAAUCUGUGGAUUUGAAAUCAGAAAUCGUUUAAUUCUAUUAUGUAUUAUUAUGAUGGCAA